AUGAAUAAAUUUAUGACGAAGGGCUUAUUUGUAACAUGCAAAAAAAUUAAUUGAGAUCUACUUUUAAGUAAAGGAGACCUUAUUAAACUAGGGUUUGUUCACAAUAUAAAUUUGCUGGUGUUCUCAGGAAGAAAACAAAAGUAAAAACAAAUCUAGAAUGAGAAAGCGAAUAAACUUGGUGCAGGUAAUUCCUGAAGAAAUUACCGAAGAAAUCUUGUGCUAUCUACCGGUGAAUUCCCUAUUGAGAUUCAAGUGCGUUUCAAAACGAUGGCGUUCGUUCAUCUCCAGUGAAUAUUUCACCAAGAGACACCUCAGCAAAUCGCACUCCGACAAAAAAGAUAACGGUAAUAAGUUCAUCUUCAGCUUCAAAGGUAAACAAAACAGUUUAACGACCCGUUUCUUGAGUGUCGGGUCGUCGUUCUCUCUUGACGAAGAUGAACCCAUCGUGACGACUAGUUUGGAUAUUCAAAUUCGACCCAGGUCCGAAAUUCAGGUCGUGGAAUCAUGCAACGGGCUAGUACUCGUCGAAAAUAUUUAUACAGGACAUUUGAUUUGUUGGAACCCUUCAACUAGAAAAACCAAACACAUUGAAAAACCCUUCGGUUUCGGUUUCGGUUGUGUCGAAGAAGAAGGAGGAUACGGGUUCGGGUACAACGAAUUGACGGACGAGUACAAGGUUGUCCGCGUUAGAUACAAGGAAUAUUAUGAGACACGGACACAUGCGCAUAUGUAUAGUUCCAAGGCUGGUUCUUGGAAAGAAAUCGAGGAUUUGGAUAAGCAUCUAGCGGGAAGACCCGGUAAGUUUGUCAAUGGAAGGCCACAUUGGUUGAUUUUCGGACGCAGUCCCGACUGGGAAAUUGUUGCUCUUGAUUUGGUGGAGGAGAAAUACGAAACUGUGGAUUGGCCGGUGUGCUUUCCGAAGGUCAAUAUGUUCCCACCCUACUUGGAGAAUACGGGAGGCUAUCUUACUUUGAUGGAUUGCAACAGUUAUGCGAAUGCGAUGAGUGUAUGGGUUAUGACACAGUACGGUGCGCCAGAAUCUUGGACUAAGAUUUGGACAUUUCCGAAUUCUUUCAAUCUUCCGAUAGAGCACGUAUGUCGUAGUCCAACGCCGCCGUUGUGUUUGAAGAGGAAUGGAGAUGUUGUGGUGGCUCUUGGAUCGGUGAUUGUUGCUUACAAUGGUGAAAAUUUGUUACGGUGGUCUCAAGUCGAUAAGUUCGAUCGUUUUAUUGGCUCCAUUUCUUAUGUUGAAAGCUUAGUUUCACCAUUUGGUAGUGACGAAAUCUUAGUUUCACCGGCCAGCUGGAUGAUGACGAUAUGAAUGAAGCUACUAAUUAUGACUAUGUUGCGCGCGAACAGCAAGAAAACGAAGCAGAAGAAUAAGGAGCUGACUUAGAAACCAUGGUUUGUUCCA